AUGGUGCCAGCAAAGGCGUCCAAAAAGAAAAGCCCAACAGACAAGAAAAAUUUGGCUGGUAAUACAUCCACCGCUCCGAGAAACCAACUGCACCAAGAUGAUAUUGAAGCCCUUCCAGGUGCAGUAACAAAUCUAGAAUCUGCAGAGAAGUACCUAGCUAGUGUCCUUCUACGCCAAGCUGAUGAACCUCUCACCCUGCUACACUUGGCGGGAAUAUUGUUCCAAAUCACCCAAAUGGUCAAGCCUAUCCCGCUCGCCAUCACCAAUGCCAUCCGGGUGACAGCCUUCAUCCUCAAACACCAGGCUGUGUCUGAAAUUGCAGAAGUCGUCGCCAAAGCCGCAGCUGAACAACUCUCAACCUCCCUCUCAACCAACAUCGUGAAUAACAUAAUAGCAGCCAUCGCCCCACAAGUAGCAUCCAUUCACACUGCAGUGGGGACCAUAAGAGAUGCAUUGGAACACUCAUCGAAACUCAGGGACUCACUUGAACAGGAAAAGGAGGAAGAAAAGAACGACCUCAAAACGGCAGCAGAACGGAUCAAAGAUGCAGUAGACACUCUUUACAAAUCGAUUGAGGACUGCAAUAACUCCUACAAGUUACUCACCCCCUCUCUGGAGUUCACCCAAGACCGCCUCAACACCCUUACCUCACACCUAGCCCAGCACCCCAAUACCCUCACACAAGCAAAACCCCCCAUGCCUCCCCCAACCCUCCCCACAUACAGCUCGGCUGCAGCUGCUCACCUCCCCCCUUCCUUUGACAAAGCAGUGGCCAGGGCCUCCCUUCGUGCCAAACAGAUCCUGCUUGACCCGACAACAGGCCACUCACUGUUCCCCCCAGAGGCCACAAACACCUCUAUAGCCAAGCAGAUCUCCGACAUCCUUGCUGAAAUAUGCAAUGAUGGUGCCCCCACAGGCACCAUAGCAAGUCGCAAGUUGCUAGAGACCCACCUAGACUCGAUGGCCUGUAUCCAUGACAGGACAUUCGCCAUAGUCGUCCAAUUCCUCCUCAUCACCUACGACAUCGAACAAGACGACUUCAAGCGCCACAUUGAAACCGAAAACUUCCUCCCCUCCAACUCCAUCACCUCUAUUCGGUGGAUCAAGCCCCCUCAACGUCGAACAAGGGAGCAAUGCACCACCUUCGCCCUGCUCCAAAUCAAGGAUGCUGAAACCGCCAACAACAUCCUCAAAGAAGGGCUAUGCAUUGAUGCUCUCCGCUACGCUCCACCCAAAUCCAAACUCGAUCCCAUUAUCCCAGACCCCCCUUCGACACCAAUGAAUGCCACCACCACCUCCUCCACCUCCACCUCCUCAUCCUCCCCUUUAACUCCCUCCCCUUCCACAUACUCAACCCCCAGCACAGGCCCCAACACUCCCCCCUCUAAUGUCUGA